AUUUGUGAUUGUAAUUCACACCAGCUAUAUCAUAUCAUAUCAUAUUGUGAUGAUAACUUUGGUUUCUUAUUAUUCAAAUUUUCAUAUACAUGAACUAAGCUUAUCUUAAAGUAAUAAUAAUUCUUAUGGAAGUUAUUCUGCAGCCUCAAGCCUUCAAUGUUAGAGUUCAGUUUCUCCACACUACAAAAAGUUAUCAUGUACAGAAUCCAGUAAUGCAUAUAACAUCAUCACCAUGCCAAAUUCAAUGUUUUAGUUCUUCCAUUCAUCAGAGACUGACUCAAGUUGCAGAUGAUUGCAGAAGUAAAACAAAGGUUUUUGCGAUGAGAAGGAGAAGGUCGAAUGAAAGGACAGAAACUUAUGUGCUAUUAGAACCGGGGAAGGAUGAGAGGUUUGUGUCGGAGGAAGAGCUGAAAGAGAUUUUGAAAGAGUGGCUUACGAAUUGGCCGGGCAAUGCUCUUCCUCCUGAUCUUGCAAGAUAUGAAACCAUUGAUGAUGCUGUUUCUUUCUUGGCAAAGUCGUUUUGUGAACUUGAAAUUGAUGGAGAAGUUGGGUCGAUUCAAUGGUUUGAGGUUCGGUUGGAGUGAAUAGAAUUCAGAUUAUUCCAUCAAACCGUAUCAACUGCGGUUUGCCAACAUGUGCUUGUAAUGUUUAGUUUUGUUCCUUUCUAUUGUAACUGACACAAACAUGUUAUUUAGGCCCGGUUUUGAUAAACAGUCGAAUUAAGUGCUUAUAGCAUAAAUACACUUCUCAUAUAAGCGAUUA